AUGCAUAAAUGUCAAAAUGGAAUACAAGGCACUCCAGGCAGUCCCGGAAUGCCGGGAAGAGGCGGCCUUGCGGGUUCCAGAGGCCUCCCAGGUGACAAAGGGGCAAAAGGAGAACCUGGAAUAGCUCCUCCUCCUUCUCCUGGAACAAGUGGUGUUACUUACAUUCAAUGGGGAAGGAAACGGUGUUCGGCAACUGGAGUACAAACCCUUUAUUCUGGAGUCGCUGCUGGGUCGCAUUACGAUCACGGUGGAGGUGGAGCAAACACUCAGUGUCUUCCACUCAAUCCCAUAUGGGGAUAUUCUAGAAGUGGUCGUCAAAGUGCCAGUUAUAUUUAUGGAUCUGAGUAUCAACUCAAUCAAGGCAUUCAACCAUUCAUCAAUAAAGGAUUGCAUGACCACGAUGUUCCUUGUGCUGUGUGUUAUGCUGCCACUAAGAACACUCAGUUCAUGUUACCAGCAAGGAACAUCUGUCCCAGUGGAUGGAGAAGGGCAUACUAUGGAUAUCUCAUGGCAGAACAUCAUGGUCAUUCAGGAAGAAAUAUGUACGUGUGCGUCGACCACAAUGCAGAACCGACAGUUGGAAGUUCUCUAAACCAUAAUGGCAAUCUAUUUUAUGCUGUUGAAGGAGCAUGUGGAUCACUUCCUUGUCCUCCCUACGUAGAUGGUAAAGAGCUGACCUGCUCUGUGUGUCUCAAGUAAGCAAC